CGUAGAAGCAUCUUAGUAGGUAGUAGUAUGAACACAAAAAAAUAAAGGGAAAAAAAGGAAAGCUCGUACUUCAAACUCCAUUGAUAAUCGAUAGACAUACCCCAACGUGUGGUCGGCGGUCACAGAUGAUGCUGUUUAUAAUCCUAACACGCUACUUUCCAAUUCUAUCCUCCCUUUAUAAAAUCCGAAACCAUCUUUUAUUCAUUCUUGUUUUCAAAGAUCUUUAAUUCAAACAUUUCCUCAAGUUUGUCAACCUUUUUAAAUUACAGUCAAAAUCAUUAUUUGACCCCUUUUUCCUUUUUUUUUUUUUUUAUUUCAUAAACAUCUCGUCAUUACUAUUCCUUUAAUUUCAGGAAGAUUUCGAACCAGAGGGCUUCCUUAGAAGCCUAUAGUACCUGGUUUUAUACGUAAGCACUAUAGCUAAUGCUUUAGCAUGGAUUCUCACAAGAUUUUCGGAUACAAUGUUACCGGUGCUGAUUCAUCCUACGUGUCCUCUCAGUAUUCUUCUCCACAAGUUCCUAACAGGCUGUUUGGUUCGCUGAAGUUCAAUUUAAAAGAUUCUCCAAUCUCGCCAUUCUCAUCGCCUUUCGAAUGUGAUACUGCCACAACACUGAGUGAUAGCCGAGAGCAUCACAGCUCAAGUGAGUCUCUCUCGGGAAAAAGCCCGUCUUGUAAUUCACCGUUGGAAACAAACAGUUAUUAUCAAAGAUUCAACUCGAGCCUUUCAGAAGAUUCCCAGUCAAGUACUGUUCUACCGACUACUCGUGGGAUUUUGUUUCCUCAAAAUUCAGAUUAUGAAACAAACAUGAGGUAUGCUUUGCAGGAGCUUGAGACUGUUCUUAUGGGUGACGAAUCAGUCGGAGGAGGAAGCCGACAACACCAUAUCCCAAGUCAGAGAUUAGGGUCCUGGAACCGCAGCUCACAGGGCUCACAUGGGUCUCAACUUCAGUCACCAUCUCCUUCAGGAGAAAGAAUAUCAGACGCUAAUGGUGGUCGUCAGAGUGAGAAACGUCACAAGGCAGCCAUGAAAGAGGAAAUCCUGGAGCUUCAAAGUCCAUCGGGUGAUCUAAAGAAGCUACUGAUUGAAUGUGCACGGGCAUUAUCUGAAAACAGGUUUGACGAUUUUGAGAAAUUAGUCGAACAAGCAAGGAAAGAAGUCUCGAUUUCUGGUGAGCCGAUCCAGCGUCUUGGUGCUUAUAUGAUUGAAGGGCUUGUUGCAAGGAAAGAAUCUUCGGGAAAUAACAUCUACCGGGCUCUUAAGUGUAAGGAGCCUCUCGGUAAAGAGUUGUUAUCUUACAUGCACCUUCUGUACGAAAUAUGCCCGUACUUGAAGUUCGGUUACAUGGCUGCAAACGGCGCUAUAGCAGAAGCAUGCAGAAAUGAGGAUAGAAUCCAUAUCAUAGAUUUUCAGAUUGCGCAGGGAACCCAGUGGUUAACGCUAUUGCAAGCGCUAGCCGCAAGGCCAGGUGGUGCUCCGUAUGUGCGUAUUACCGGGAUUGAUGAUCCCGUCUCUCAGUAUGCUCGAGGUGCGAGCUUGGAGGCUGUUGGCAAACGAUUAGCAGCGCUCUCUGAAAAGCACAGUAUACCCGUUGAGUUUCAUGCAGUACCCGUUUUUCUUCCCGAGGUCACGAAAGAAAUGCUCGAUGUGAGGCCGGGGGAAGCUGUGGCAGUGAAUUUCCCUUUGCAGCUUCACCAUACGCCUGACGAGAGUGUCGAUGUCAACAAUCCUAGGGACGGCUUGUUGAGAAUGGUAAAAUCACUUCAUCCCAAGGUAACGACUUUGAUAGAGCAAGAGUCGAAUACCAAUACUACGCCUUUUCUGACGAGGUUCAUAGAAGCAUUAAGUUUCUACUCGGCUAUGUUCGAGUCUAUUGAUGUGACGAUGCCUCGGGAUAGGAAAGAGAGGAUCAGUGUAGAGCAGCACUGCUUGGCUAAGGACAUUGUUAAUGUCAUCGCUUGUGAGGGACUCGACAGGGUGGAGCGUCAUGAACUGCUCGGGAAAUGGAAAUCGAGAUUUACGAUGGCGGGGUUCCAGCAAUACCCUUUGAGCUCGUAUGUGAAUUCUGUGAUAAGAGAAUUGCUUCGGUGUUACUCGGCACACUAUACGUUGGUGGAGAAAGAUGGCGGUAUGUUGUUAGGUUGGAAAGACCGGAUGUUGGUAUCGGCUUCUGCUUGGCAUUAAUCAAAAUAGUUUUCUUUUUCUUCAUUUAUUCAUUUCAGCUGCUAACUGUAAUAGGAGUACUACUUUGGUACUUCUUACCAGUGUUGUAUGAGAUGUAAUUGUUUUCUUCUGUAUUUACUAUGCAGUAUGAAAUGCAGGGUAUAUUGUUCAGGAA